AUGGCGGGCGGACGAGAUAACAUCACGGUGUUGCCACCAUCACCACUUGAUGAUGACAAUGAACAACGACCUUUGCUGGACGAGGCACACCCCGAUCAUGGAACCAUUGACAGAAGUGUGGCUGCACAAGAGGAAGAGGGCGAGGCGGAUGCGAUUGAUGAGCCUACCUCUGCAAAAGUCGUGGUCAUCAUGGUCUGUCUAUGGGUUGGCUCCUUCUGGGCUGCUAUGGACUCGACCAUCGUGGCCACUCUUGCUUCUCCCAUCAGUCGAAACUUUCACUCGUCAACUCUGCUCUCUUGGAUCGCUACAGGUUAUCUGAUCGCCAAUGCUGCCUUUCAGCCUCUCUCGGGAAAGAUGUCGGAUAUCUAUGGAAGAAAGGCUGGUAUCAUAUUCGCGAGCAGCUUCUUCUCUAUUGGUACUUUGAUCUGUGGUUUGGCUCAGAAUGCCCCCAUGAUGAUCUUGGGACGUGUUGUUGCUGGUACAGGUGGUGGCUGUCUCAACACCAUUUCGACCUUCAUCGCUAGUGAUCUGAUCCCUCUUAGAAAGCGUGGACUCUGGCAAGGCUUUGCAAACCUCAUCUACGGAACUGGCAUGGGCCUGGGAGGUAUCUUUGGUGGUCUUAUGAACGAUCACCUUAACUGGAGAUGGGCUUUCUACAUCCAGGUUCCUUUCAUCGUGCUUGCUGGUAUCCUUGGCUGGUACUUUGUUGACAUUCCUAUCAAGGAAGGCAACUCAAAGGAACGCAUCAAGCGUGUCGAUUUCCUCGGCGCUAUUACCUUGUGCACUGCCCUUGUUUUGCUCUUACUCGGUCUCAACAGUGGCGGCAACAUCGUACCCUGGAACCACCCUCUGGUCUAUGUCAGCUUGCCUCUCUCCGGACUCGCCUUGGUAGCCUUCGUCUACGUCGAAGACAAGGUCGCAAAGGAACCCGUCAUCCCUAUCCGCCUACUCCUCCACCGCACCGUCGCUUCAGCAUGUCUGACAAACUGGUUCUUGACUAUGGCCGUCUACGCGCUCUUCUACUACGUCCCCAUCUACUUCCAGAUCGUCCAAGGUUUAUCCGCCACCGCAGCAGGCACAAGACUAGUCCCCCAAUCCAUCGGUACAGCUUGUGGCUCUCUAGGCGCUGGCGUGAUCAUGCGCGCAACAGGCCGUUACUGGUGGCUCUCCACCUUUUCACUAACGCUAUACAUCAUCGCCGCUGUGCUCAUCGCCACUACCUUUAAUGCAGGCGUCAAUGGCGUACUUCCCUUCGUCUGGCUGUUUGCCUCUGGAACUGCCUAUGGCGCUAUGCUAACAGUAACCCUACUCGCCCUUCUCUCAGCAGUAGGCCACGAACACCAAGCCGUCAUCACAUCCGCCUCGUACGCUUUCCGCAGCACCGGCUCUACAAUCGGCAUCACCAUCGCCUCUGCAGUGUUCCAAAACAAACUGUCCGCUGGUCUCUACGCACGUUUUGGAGAUUUACCUGGUGCGGAUAAGGUUAUCGCCCGUAUCAGAGAUGAUGUAGGCGAUAUCUCUUUCUUGCCCCCUGGUUGGGAAGACGGGGUUCGCGAUACGUAUAUUGAGAGUUUGAGGGCUGUGUGGGUGGUUAUUGUGGUUCUGGCUGGUGUGGCGGGCUUUGUUAGUUUGUUUAUGCGUGAGCAUACUUUGCAUAAUAAUUUGAGUAGAAAGUAG